UAUAGAUAAAGAGCCGUUAGUUCAUGUGGAUAUGGUAUUCCUUAACAACCCUAAAAUUUAUCAAGAAAAAAUAUACAAAACGUUUUUUUUUCUUGCGACAAAUCUCCAUUUAUAAAAAAAAAAAAAUUGAUGUCGGUAAACACCUCCUCCGACAUAGUGGAAUGGCCUCCGCAACACCAAGUGUUCAUUAAUUUUCGAGGAAAGGAGCUCCGACGCAACUUCAUAAGUCAUCUAGAGAGGGCCUUGCGUAAGGAAUCAAUCAACGUGUUCAUAGACAAUCACGAGAGGAUGGGAAGAGAUCUGAGGAUCCUUUUCACGAGGAUACAAGAGUCAAAGAUCGUGGUUGCAGUCAUCUCAAGCAUGUACACAGAGUCAGAAUGGUGCUUGGAUGAGCUGGCAAAGGUCAAAGAGUGUGUGGAGGCAGGGACCUUGGAGGUGUUUCCAGUUUUUUACAAGGUGGACGUUCGGACCGUGAGGGAACAGAGAGGAACGUUUGGUGAUAACUUCAGAGAGUUAGUAAAGCUUCAUCCUGAAAGAGACGAGUCAUGGAAACAGGCUCUAGAGUUCGUGACUACAAAAAAAGCCAAGCUGGUGCACGAAGAGAGCGACGAGGGCCAGGUGGUCGAAAAUAUUGUGGAGGAAGUAAAUGUAAUGCUAGCUGCCUCUUCAACGGAUAGUCUGGGAAGAAGAAAUAGUGAUAUAGCCAUAGGGAAAAAAGAAUUGCUUGAGAGCUCUUCUUCUGCAGACCCAUCUCCUCUCUUUGGAAUCGAGACACGGCUAGAGCAAUUGGAAGAAAUGUUGAAAUUUGAAUCAAACGAGAUCACUCGUAUUGUUGGCAUUGUUGGGAUGCCUGGCAUAGGUAAAACUACUCUUGCCAAGACAUUGUUCGAGAAAUGGAAAUACAAGUUCUUGCAUAAAAUGUUUCUAGAUGACAUCCGUGGGAAGUCUGAAUUUCGUUUAUUCAAGAGAUUGCACGAAGAUCUCCUUAUAGGAUUACAUGAGAGCCAGAACAAUGUAAAUGAGCAAAAGAAUACCAAAGUCUCAUUUAAAUCUUUAAAGGCUCAAAUAAAAAAGAGCAAAGUGUUUGUUGUUCUUGAUGAAGUGAGUGACAAGAGACAGAUAGAAGAGAUUCUUGGGAAAGACGAUUGGAUAAAACCAGGAAGCAAAAUAUUGAUCACAACGAGCAGCAAAUCUUCAAUCAGAAACAAAGUACCGGUCGAGGACAUUUAUCUCGUCCCGGGGCUAAAUGAAAAUGACGCGCUAAGCCAAUUCAUCCACCAUGCAUUUUCUGGACAUAACUGUUCGAGGGAGGGAAGUUUCAUGAAUCUUUCAAGACAGUUUGUGGAUUACUCUAGGGGACAUCCACUGGCUCUAAAGGUACUUGGCGGUGAGCUAUGCAGGAAAGACGAGGAGUACUGGAAAUCGAAGCUUGGGGCAUUGUCUAAAACCCCGAGCAACACAAUUCAAGAUGUCUUGCAAAUACCUUAUAGCGAGCUUACAGAAGACCAGAAGAAUGUUUUCCUUGAUGUGGCAUGUUUCUUCAGGUUUGAUGAUGAGUAUCAUUUGAGGAAUUUGUUGGAUUCUUCAGCUGAGAAUGCGAAUGAAAUUCAAGAUCUCGCAGAUAAGUUCUUGAUUAACAUUAGUGGGGGUCGAGUGGAGAUGAAUGAUCUGCUAUAUACAUUCGCAGUGCGACAAGAAUCAUCCUCUGAAAAUUCAACCAAUGGGCGUAGGCUGUUCAACCAGGGAGACAUCAUCACACUUCUCCUAAAUAAAGCGGAGGCAACCAAAGUUAGAGGAAUUUUCCUAGACAUGUCUGAAGUACCGAAGAAAAUGAGCUUAUUCAGCGACACGUUUUCCAGGAUGAAAGAUCUAAGAUACUUGAAAAUUUUCAAUUCACGUUGUCUUAAAAAAUGUGAAGAUGACUGCAAACUGAAGUUCCCCGAGGGACUUGAGUUCCCGUUGCAAGAGGUUCGGUAUCUCAACUGGCUGAAAUUUCCAUUGCAUGAGCUUCCACAAGACUUCGACCCGACGAAUCUUAUCGACCUUAAGCUACCUUAUAGUCAAAUUGAGCAAGUUUGGGAGGGAGAUAAGGACACAUUAAAAUUAAAGUGGCUAGAUCUGAACCAUUCAAGUAAGCUGUGCACAUUGUCUGGUUUGUCGCAUGCUCGAAACCUUCAAAAUAUGAACCUUGAAGGCUGCACGGCAUUAAAAAUGGUUCACCAAGAGCUACAAAACAUGGAACGUCUCGUAUUUUUGAACUUGAGAGGAUGCACGAGCCUCGAGUCUCUUCCACAAAUGAACUUGGUCUCUCUGAAAACACUCAUCCUUAGCGGCUGCUCAAAUCUUGAGGAAUUCAGUUUCAUUUCAGAGAAUCUAGAAGAAUUAUACUUGGAUGGCACAUCGAUUAAGGGACUUCCUUCAACAAUCGGAAAACUCCGAAGACUAAUCAUUCUGAUAUUGAAAGACUGCAAAAAGCUAUCGAGUCUCCCAGAUAGUAUCGGAGAUCUAAAAGCUAUCCAAGAACUAAUACUCUCUGGCUGUUCAAGUCUUGCAUGUUUUCCAGAGAUCAAGCAGAACCUUAAGCAUUUGAAGACUUUACUACUAGAUGGAACAGCCAUAAAAGAGAUGCCUGAUAUUUUGCAUCGCCUUAGUGUUAAUCCAGGCCAAACUUCUUCAUGGUCACACUGCGAUAUGUGCGAAUGGCCACGCGGAUUUUACGGAUUAUCGUCACUACGUCGUCUAUGUCUAAGCAAAAACGAAUUCAUAAAAUUACCUAGCAGCAUCCGUGAUCUCUUCCAUCUAAAAUGGCUUGACUUGAAGUAUUGUAAGAAGCUCGUUUCGGUUCCUAUGCUUCCACCAAAUCUUCAAUGGUUAGACGCACACGGUUGCAUUUCACUGGAAAAGAUUGAGAAUCCCUUAGCUCUUAUGUUGGCGGAAACAGAGCAUUUACACUCUACAUUCAUUUUUAGUAAUUGUACCAAACUUGAUCAAAAUGCAGAAAAUAUUAUUGCAUCCUAUGCUCAGUGGAAAAUUCAGGUGAUGUCAAAUGCAUUAUCCCGCUACGACGAGAGCUUUGUUCUCGAUGUUUUGAUCGGAGUUUGUUAUCCUGGGUGGCAAGUACCUGCAUGGUUCAAUCACCGGUCUGUUGGAUCAGUUUUAGAGCCUAAAAUGCCUCGGCACUGGAGUGAACAUGGGCUUACUGGGAUAGCUCUUUGCGUUGUUGUUUCAUUUACGGACUACAAACCUCAGUAUAGUCGCUUCUUAGUUAGAUGUAACUGUAAGUUCAAAGAAGAAGAUGAACCUCUGAUCAAGUUUAGUUGCAUUAUGGGAGGUUGGAUUGAACAUGGAAGGGAAGAGCCAAGAACGAUUGAGUCUGGUCAUGUCUUUAUUGGCUACACGAGUUGGUUGCAUGUCAAGAAAAAUGAUAGAGGAGGAUUCGAAAAUAACUACAAAGGAUGUUUUCCAUCGGAAGCUUCUCUUCAAUUUGAAGUGACUGAUGGAACAAGACAUGUUACAAACUGCGAGGUGCUCAAAUGCGGCUUUAGUAUGAUCUAUGCACCCGCUGAACCUGUUCCUAGCUUGUGUACAGAUGAAACUCAACCUAUUGACGAUUACAUCCACGAUGGGUCAAGCUCUAGUUCAACAACGGAUAUUGAAAGAAACAACCGAUUUCUAGCAAGGUAUUAUAACCAAAGAAAUGGAGUAAGCCCUGUGUCUCCAAAUAUGGACAUAAAAAUCAUAGAGGAUGUAAAUCUUUUGGUACCUUCAAGAAUCGUUAAAGACACUCGGUUGAAAGGUAAAUCUAUUGUGUCAUCAUCCACAAUAAGAAGCAAUAGCAAAGUGGUGCACAGAGGAGAGACCUCAGCCUCAAUGUUUGAUUCAAAUUUGAUUGGUGGAUUCACCACUAGAGAAAGCGUAAGAACAGACGUCGAAGGCAUAACAUGUUCUUCUUUUUUACAAUUUUUUUUUAAACUUCUGCCAAAAAAAUAAGAUGCAAUUGGAUGAAGCAGCGUAAUUUUUUUAUUAAUUUUCUUUGUGAUGGUGAUAAGUUAAUAUGUAAUUAAUUUUCUGUGUGAGGGUAACUUC